AUGGCCAAAGACCAACUUUCUUGCACAAUGUGCUCUUCUUGUGACAACCCUUGUCAGCCAAUUUCACCCCCACCUCCACCCUCUUCAUCUGGCUAUAUUUGCCCACCCCCGCCACCAGUUUAUGUGUCACCCCCGAACAAUGGUGGUGGAUAUGGUGGCGGAAACUAUCCGCCACCGAAUAAUAACCCUUAUGGGUACCCAACUCCACCACCCCCAAAUCCAAUUGUUUUGUACAAUGUGCAGAUAUCAAGAAAGAAAGGCAUAAGAGAUGGAGCAGAUGAACAAGAAGUAGUGGAGUAG